GAGUGCAUGUAUUGAUUAAACAUAAAGCCUGAAGUCUCAGUGUCAUUUCGGAUAAAAGUAUUUGCCCGAGUCAUAAACAGGAACGUCAACUGCCCAUGUAUGGGAUGGGUAAAUAAAAAAUGAACACGAAAUGACAUCCCUGGAACCUCCUAGCUGAACUAGAGCUCAACCCCUGAUAUGCCUUUAAAUUCUCAAGACUCGCACAUUCAUGAUCAGAUAAACCGUUCACCUGAACCUUUCUCAGAUUAACCACAUGUUGUACAAGCAAGAUGCUAAUGUCAGCAGUUUUCAUCCUCUGUUUGCUGUUUCUGGCCCCAGGAACUGCUAAUGUGGGUCUUGGGGGUAAAUCGCUUCUGUUUCCUGCUAAAACCAACAAUGCCUAUAUAAAAAUCAAUCCAGAUAAACCACUGAGCCUCACCGCAUUCACUCUAUGCAUGCGUGCAGCCGCAGAGCAGAUAAGAGAUAGAAAAGUUAUUCUCUUUGCCUACCGCACAGCCAAUGACGAUGAAUUUAACGUCUGGAAAGAGAGAAAUGGAAGCAUUUCCUUCUAUCUCCGUAGUAGUAGUGAUGGAGUGAUUUAUGACUUGUCACCUCUCUCCACCCUUCAAACCCAUCUGUGCUUCACAUGGGAUUCAGCCACCGGUCUCAGCGCCGCUUGGGUGGACGGACGUCGCAGUGCUUACAGGCUCUACAGAAAAGGUCACUCUAUUCGUUCUGGUGGCAUUGUGAUGCUCGGUCAGGAUGCUGACUCGUAUCUGGGUGGGUUUGAUAUAGAGCAGAGCUUUGUGGGUGAAAUAACAGAUGUGAAAUUGUGGGAUUAUAUUCUGCCUGCAAACCAGAUUGAGGCACUGAAUGGUAAAAAAGAAGUGCAAUUGGCAAAUGUGUUCGACUGGAACACCAUCAAAUAUGAGAUAUACAACAAUGUGCUUGUGGUGUAGGAUAAUUUCUGUCCCCGCACAUUCUAACAGUCUGUGCCACACACAGAUGUCUGUCUGAUUAUAUUAUCAUGUAAUAAUCUUAAAAAAUCUGUUCAUCACAUGUAUGAAUUCACCAAUAAAUAUU